GGUGUCUAGUAGUUUCCGUGCCGCUGACGCAUGCUUGCGCGCACAGCUGGGCCGGGCGCGUCCUACGCAGCAGCCGCGAGCCGGGCAGCCGGUGCCAGACGGUUCCCGGCGGGGGGCAGGGGCGGGGCGCUGCAGGAGGCCAGGGACUCCCGGCCGAGGAGCCCCAAGAAAGCUGACUGCUGACGAGUUGCCAUGGCAUCCUACUACGAGAUCCUAGACGUGCCGCGAAGUGCGUCCGCUGAUGACAUCAAGAAGGCGUAUCGGCGGAAGGCGCUACAGUGGCACCCGGACAAGAACCCGGAUAAUAAAGAGUUUGCUGAGAGGAAGUUCAAGGAGGUGGCCGAGGCAUAUGAAGUGCUGUCUGACAAGCAUAAGCGGGAGAUCUAUGACCGCUAUGGCCGGGAAGGGCUGACGGGGGCAGGAACUGGCCCAUCUCGGCCAGAAGCUGGCGGUGGUGGGCCUGGCUUCACCUUCACCUUCCGCAGCCCUGAGGAGGUCUUCCGGGAGUUCUUCGGAAGCGGAGACCCUUUUGCAGAGUUCUUUGAUGACCUGGGCCCCUUCUCAGAGCUUCAGAACCGGGCUCCCCGACACUCGGGCCCCUUCUUCAGCUUCUCUUCCUCCUUCCCGGGGCACUCUGAUUUCUCCUCCUCAUCUUUCUCCUUCAGUCCUGGGGCUGGUGCUUUCCGCUCUGUGUCUACGUCCACCACCUUUGUCCAAGGACGCCGCAUCACGACACGCAGAAUCAUGGAGAACGGGCAGGAGCGGGUGGAAGUGGAGGAGGACGGGCAGCUGAAGUCAGUCACAAUCAAUGGUGUCCCAGAUGACCUGGCACUGGGCUUGGAGCUGAGCCGUCGUGAGCAGCAACAGUCUGUCACUUCGAGGUCCGGGGGCACGCAGGUCCGGCAGACUCCUGCCUCACGCCCCUCUGACAGCGACCUCUCUGAGGAUGACGAGGACCUGCAGCUGGCCAUGGCCUACAGCCUGUCAGAGAUGGAGGCAGCUGGGAAGAAACCGGCAGAUGUAUUCUGAGCUGGUGUCCGGGAUCCAGAGUCGCUGCACAGUUCCAACAGGACAGCGCCCUCCCCUGUGCACUGGGAGGGGACCCUCCGUCUCUCUCCCUCACCCGUGCUGAGCGUAGAGCCAGGCCUGGGUGGUGGGUGGGGGCCGGGUGGGAGGUGUCGGUAGUCUUAGCCUGUAAACUCUUCCCUAGGUGCUUGGUGCUAUCUCUUGGGGACCACAAGUCCCAGAAUGCAAUGCACCCUGCCUGAUUUCUGAUAGGUCACGCUUGGGGGAGGUGGUGCGUGGUUGUGGAGCUGUGCAUCUUGGGACAUGUAGUUCCAGCCCAGGUCAGCCUGUCACUCCCUGUGAGACGGGGAGAUCUCGUCAUUUCAUUUGUCCCUGGCAGGGGUGGCAAGAAUGUGGAUGAAGGGGUAAUGGUCCGAGCUUCGGUUCCCCUGACACCUCUUGCUAGCGCUGAGGUCGGAGUGUAUGAAUCGAAGCCCUGCAUCUAGGAGAGGCUCUUUUCCUGUGGGCGGUCUGGGGUCUCAGGAACAAGCCGGGCAGACCUGCUAGGCAGGGUGUGGCCCCAGAGGGCAGCUGGGCGUGGGCUGGCAGGGAGCUUAGAAGGGAAGGCCGCCCUCUUGGGUGUGUGUGUGCGUGUGUGCGUGUGUGCGUGUGUGUGUGUGUGUGUGUGUGGCCGGGAUUGGCAUGUGAUGGGCGCUCCGGGCAUGUUGCUGCUUGUAUGGCUUCUUGGCCUCUGACCCUGCUGCCCAUUCCUUGUCUCCAACACCACAGAUGAGCUGCCUCUCCUCCUCCAUGCCUGGGGAGCCCAGUGGGCCAGGGAGGGGAGUGGGGGAGCCGGGGUGUUGCCAGCCCCUGUGAAAUUGAGCCUCAGAGACCUAUCAAAGCCAGCAGGGCUGAGCUCAGACCGAGGGGGGAAAUGCUGGAAGUCAAUAAAGCUGUUUCGAGAG